AUGAGACCAGACAGUUUAACCUCACUCCUGACUGAGGCGCCCUCUCGCUACGGCACAGUUCUCCAUGUUGGCUUAUAUCACGACCCGGUUAGCCGUCUUUUCUUCGGUAAAGGGUAUGCCUUUAUCGAUACCGCACCUGAGGAUCGCACCGUACCCUCUCUCAGUCACGAAAUUGAUUUAACGAACCAACAACUUAUCUACGCUUCGUGGAGAGCCACUGUGGGUGAGAAACACACCCUCUACGAUGAUCCUUUGCCUACCAUACCCACGUCGACUUCAUCAUUGAAUUUAGGUUCUUCAUCCGCUCAGAACUCCUCAUCACCAACUCCUAUUGCAUCUGUAGUAUCUAAGUCAAAGGCAUCUGCCACUAUCAUUACUGCAGUUACCCCUGAGGAGGAGGAUGAUGCCGACGACACAGAUUAUGUUUCUUCCGAUGGUCAAUCAGAAUCUGAUGAGCCUGAGCACGAUUCUGAUGUUAUGUCAAUUGAUUCACGAGAGACAAGAUAUCGAAGGCGAUGCACGUCUUCUACAGAGUAG